CCCCAGUGUAACCCUGUGUAGAGUGCGGCAGGGGGAUGAUUGCAGGGUGCAGGUGCCCAGCUGCAGGGUGCAGACCCGCCAUCGCAGGGAGUACUGAGACUAGACCGCCAGGACCACUAGGGGGAGGUAGCGGGACGUGCAGGGCGACACAGGAAGAGGAAACUGCUUCUGACUCAGAAUAAGAAAUGGUUCACCAGCUCCCAGAACAUGUGGCCCGAUUAACUAAUGUCCCAAGAAGCAUCGUGGCAUGCUACAUGUCCAGAUCCUACAAAAAAUGGGUCUAAGUACCCUCAGCCCCUGAGGUGCAUGCAGUAACAAGACAUGGAAGACAGAAGCCUGGAGCCGACACUGCGAGAUGUCUACCCAUCCUGCGGGCACCUGCAUUGUUCAUCCAUGGAGACAUCUGCAAAGAAUGGACAAGGCUGCUCAGAGCUGAUGGUCAGUCAGGCCGAAGGCCAGUACGUGCUGUGCCGCUGGACAGACGGCCUCUAUUACCUAGGGAAAAUUAAGAGGGUGAGUAGCACAAAGCAAAGCUGCCUCGUGACGUUUGAAGACAACUCAAAGUACUGGGUGCUGUGGAAGGACAUUCAGCACGCCGGGGUGCCCGGAGAGGAGCCGAAGUGUAAUAUCUGCAUGGCAAAGACCAUAGCCCCACUGAAUGAGAUUCUCAUAUGUGGCAAGUGUGGACUUGGAUAUCAUCAGAAGUGUCACAUCCCAGCGGUGGAGAGCGGAGAGAACGGCAUUCUGGAGCCCUGGUUCUGCAGACGCUGUAUCUUUGUCCUGGCUGUCAGGAAAGGAGGCGCAUUAAAGAAAGGUCCCAUUGCAAAGACCCUGCAGGCGGUGAAGAUGUUCCUGACCUACUGUCCUGAGGAUCUGGACUGGGACUCUGCGCACAGAACCAACCAGCAGCAGUGUUACUGUUACUGUGGGGGCCCCGGAGAGUGGUACCUGAAGAUGAUCCAGUGUUACCGGUGUCGGCAGUGGUUCCACGAGGCUUGUAUCCAGUGCCUGAAUGAGGCCAUGUUGUUUGGAGACAGGUUUUUCAUAUUUUUUUGCUCUGUCUGCAACCAUGGGGUGGAGUUCAUCAAGCGGCUCCCGCUGCGAUGGGUGGACAUCGUUCACUCGCGCUGUACAAACCUGGGGGUCCUCAGUAAGAAGAAAUACUUUGAUUUUGAGGAGAUCCUGACUUUUGUCAGUGACAACUGGGAGCACCUGCAGCUCGGGAAGCUGUCAGUCACCCCAGUGGAGGAGCGAGGGCAGCAUCUUCUGGAAGCUUUAAACAGCUACAAAAGCAGGUUUCUUUGUGGCAAAGAAAUAAAGAGAAAAAAAUGCAUCUUCCGCUUACGUAUCCGUGUCCCACCGAGUCCCCCCAGUAAACUCUUACCAGACAAACUGCUGGGUCAGACAGAAAACAGGUCUGUGGGUGACGUCAAGAAGAAGGGACAGAGCAAAUACAAGAACAGCCUCCUGCCUCGUGAGCGCCAGAAGAGGAGCGGUAUCUGCAGGAAGCAGUCCCAGUUCCUCCUGGAGGAUGCCAUUCCCAGUAGCGACUUCACUUCCGCCUGGAGCACCAAUCACCACCUGGCGAGCAUCUUUGAUUUUACGCUGGAUGAGAUUCAGAGCCUGAAGAGUGCAAGUUCUGGACAGAAUUUCACUUCGGAUCUGGAUUCCAAUGACACAGCCAGCACAUCCGGCUCUGCAUCUACCAGCCUGUCCUACGAGUCGCAGGGCCAUGUCGGAAGCAGGAAGAGAAAGUUGACUUCCAAGAUGUACUCCUCCUUUGAGUCAAAGAGACGGGCAGUGAACCAUUCCGACCAACCGAACAGCUGCACCAGCGAACUGAUAGAAUAUGCCAGGACAUCCGAUUUCCAACACAACGGCAUGGAUGGCCACACUUACGAAAGCAUCAGCGAGGAUGAUGCGUCACUGCCGCACCUUAAAACCUCCAUCACCAAUUUCUUUGGCGCUGCAGGCAGGUUGGCAUGUGGAGAGAAGUACCAGGUCCUGGCGCGGAGGAUCACCCCAGAGGGCAAAGUUCAGUACUUGGUAGAGUGGGAUGGAACAACUCCCUACUGAGAGAUUUAUAACCUAAGUAUAUAUUGUGUAUGUUAGUCUGAUAACCAAAGGUGAGGUGUGCAGGCGGCAGGCAGGGCUCCCCGCUGUGCAGCUGGCGAGAGGUUCUGUUGCUGAAACGAGGGCGUUGUGUAUGUGUCAGAGACUUGCUGCAAUCAUGAAGAAAGCACUUAAUACAGGGUACUAUGCCGAAUUGCCUUCCUCAACAUUACGGACAAUUUUAACAGUUCUGGUUUUAUGCACCAUGAAUGGCGCGGUAAUAUGGCUGCCAGCCGACAUUUAUGGUACAGUUAUCAGUAGGACCAAAGACUUUAAAACUCGCUAUUAAAGGGGUUGUCUCAUCAUGGACAACGGGGGAGGUAUCGCUAGGAUAUGCCCCCAUUGUCUUAUAGGUGCGGGUCCCACUCCUAUAUCGAGAACAGA